GAGUGAUUUCGAACAGUACAAGAAACUUUGGUUGUAUAACACUAGCAUACUCAAUUGCAUCAAUCACAAUGAGUAAACAAGAAAUCAAGAAAAGAGUUGCUGCAGCUGCGGCAGCAAGUAGUGAAUCAGGAGCACAUCCAGUUGUUCCAAGUUCUUCAGUCACCACCACCUUGAACGAACUUUAUUCUGCAAUCAAUACCACCAUAGCCGACUACACCGAUUCACUUACCCCUCGUCUUAAAUUGAUUGAUUCAUUCCUUGUGUUUUUAGUGGCUUUGGGUGUUUUGCAAUUUGUUUAUGUUUUAAUCGUGGGUAAUUUCCCCUUCAAUGCCUUCUUAGCUGGGUUCAUAAGUUGCGUUGGUCAAUUUGUCCUUACUGUAAGUUUAAGAUUACAAAUCAACGAAAAGAACAAACAUAAACAAUCAGAAAAGCAAACUGUAGACGAAGAUGAGGAAGAAGAAACUGGAAAGGAAGAAACGGUGUUCAAGUUCAUCAGUCCAGAACGUGCUUUUGGAGAUUACAUAUUUGCCAGUUUGAUUUUGCAUUAUAUAGUUAUUCAUUUCAUCAAUUGAGAUCACAUAGAAAAAAA